GUGCAGCUGGAUUUGUAACCAUGCACACAGCGUCUUCUGUGCUCGCUUUGUUCUGCCGCGCAGACGCUCUUUUAAAUUAUCUCUGAUUAAGAGAUAUGUGCAGUUUUAGCUACGAAGGUAUGACCCAAAUGUGCUUUUAGCUUUUCUUGGCUUUCACUUUUCUUGGCCGCCACUUUUGUGUCUGCUUUUCACAUGAGUGAACAGCAUUCACGAACGUACACACGCGCAUGUGAGCGACUGCCACUUGGACGGAGUGGCAGGGAGGACGGGUCAAGGGGAGAAGCAACGUGUAGUUUGUCCCUACUGAUGCAUAUCCUUCCAAAAGUUGGCAAUUUUGUAAUGUGGAGAAAGGCGCUCAAACUGGGAGUAAAAUAAAAACACAGCCUUAACGGACACCAAAUUGGGGAAGCUCACUGGUACUGAGAAGAAUGAUUCCAAUUGGACCGUUUAACCAGCGACCAAUUAGCGUGUGAAGGAGAAAAGAAUGAUCUCUUUUUUUUUUGACGACGGGAUUGGAGUAUCUCUUCCCCUUUUUACUACACACAUAAAUCACGCUUCUGAGUAGCCUCUAACCAUAUAGAUAUUUUAAAAAAAAACAUCGCAACAACAUGAAGGGCAAAAAACAGAAGAAAGACCCAAGUGAAAAUAAAGGAAGCCAAAAAAAGGAACCAACUAAUUUAAAAAGAAAAAAAUAUCCCAGUGAUGAACAUGAUUAUGAUUCGAAGGUCAAGCAUGAGCAGCAUGAUGAGAAUUACAAAAUUAGCUCACCAGAAGUGAAUACCAUGAAGAGGGGGAAAAAAAAGGAAUUAACUGCCCAAUCAGAAAAGAAGGAAGCUGAACAUGUUUUGUUUCGAUCGGACAAUGGGGAUGGCGGGCACCCAUAUAAUGGCGAAGGCCCACCCAUGAGCAACGUAGAAAUGGGGAAGGUUAAACAACCGCCGAAGGUGAAAAAGGAGAAGCAGUCCAUUGGCAGAGGUGACGGAGCGAAAGGUAAUCCCAAAGAGGAUGCCAGCGCGAAGAAAGGAAACAAAAGGAAGAAGAAAGAUCGCACCGAUGACUCAGAUUCGUCCUCCAGGUUUUUAUUCAAAGGGAGAGACAUGGCCAAAGAUGGGGAGAGAGCAAACGGGGCGGCUAGCCGGAUGCUACAAAGAAUGGAUAACCGGGUUGCUAAGGAGGAGGGAAGAGAGGAAAAGCGGAAGGAGGAAGAAGAAGAGAAGGCACAAGAGCUCCACCAACUGCAACAACUGCAGCAGGAGCAGGAGCAGCCGCCACCGCAACGGAAGGAGGAGCUGAGUAUGCAGGAAAUUGCAAAGUACUACGGAACGGUGAGAGUGAAAAAUGCAAACAGCCAAGUCGGGAAGGGGGACCUGCUAACCCUCAGGAACAAACUGAACACAAAUUUGAAAGUUUCGGAUUGUCUCGCCAUAGUCCAGUUGUCAUCCCCGGAGGACGCAGACAAUAAGUUGGUGUCUCCCUUUAUGUGCGAAAAUUGGAAGGAUCUCAAAGCGGAGCGGGUAAAGGGAGGAUCGAAGGAGGGGCCCCAAUUGGAUGACCACUUUAGGCACGCCCGCUGGAAAUUUCCCCUCGAAAUAAUCGAUCAUUUAAUUUUUAAAAAUAAAACCCAUGACUACGACAAGUGGGUAGCAGACUGCCGCAUCUUGCUAGUGACCGGACUGCCAUUCGACCAAAAGGAAGAACACAUCCUGCAGAGCCUAAUAGAUAUGUACUAUCGUAACCAAGAUAGAGACCCUAUAUUGGAUGUAAUAGACAUAGAAACGUCUGACUAUCUGGUUGAUGCUCUGAACUUGUAUGCAGCUGUGGAGGAGCAUCCGAGCAAGUACGAAUUAUUCGCAGACCAUUUGGGCAUUAUAAAAUUUGCUUUACUUUUUGGAGCAAAACAGAAUGCAAGUAUAAACCUGAUAGAUCACACAUAUGUGCUUUAUAACCUCAGUGAGUUGUGUAGAUCUAAUCAUUGUCCUACAGGUGCUAUGGGAUUACUCUAUUUUAAGAAUGAAGAGAGUGCCAAAAACUUUUGGAUAGCUUUCAAAUCGUCAGCUACUUACAUGUACGAAAAAUGCGUUCGUGUAAUCCCAGACAAGAACGAAAUGAAGGUCUACAUCGAGGCGUCUAUUUAUUUUAUCAUGCCUGGUGCCCUCUUCGUCAACAUAAAUUAUGCGCAACUAAAUUUGGUACUUAACAAUUUGCAGCAAAAGGGCCCAGUCGUCUUCGACCAAAUUAAUAAUCUGAAAUUGAGGUACCAUGAGAAAUCCGUCUGGGAGUUGAUCUCCGAGAAUGUGCCUUUGGAUGAUGCGAUUGAUGCGGAGGCCCCUGCGCAGCGUGCCGUCGGGGAAAGAAGCCUAGAGGGAAACGAUCAGCUGAGAGGUGCUUCUAUCGGCCAGAUUAGUAGCACAUUGGGGACUGUCACGAAGGGGAAAAUCAACCAAGAUGGUCGAAAUGGCGUGGGUGCACAGAAGGAUGAAAAUGAGGUGGAAAAUGUGCUCGAUGUUGCCCCGUGUGACGAUGAUAGCCAGUCAUCUGACGGGGCAACGGACGAUGGCCUUAAUGAAUUUUAUUUCGAAAACUCUUUUGAUGAAAAUGACUCUCAGGAAAUGGAAGAGGAGGAGAACGCACUCCUCAACAGAAUCCACCUCAUCCCAAAUUUCCUCAUGCGCAUUUACAAUACGCACAUCAACAGGUACCUACUGGAAAAGGGACUGUGCCUGCUAACAUGUCCCUACUUAGACGAGGAAUCGGGAAAAAAAGUGGCGAGCUUCUUAACAAAGUUUCACCUACUAGACUGGACAUUUAGCGAAACAGAUGAUGCCUGCUACUUUUACCUUUUCAAAUCCAUAAUAAGCGUUUUUUCAGUAUCGAAAAAGGUCUUCAAGGGAGCCUUUAAUUAUGCAGUCUCCACGCUCUUUUUGAAAUUGCCCUUCGGAUUAGUCCCCGCUCUUUAUAUCCGCCUGAGCCCCAGAUUGCUAGGCAAUUUGGGGGACCCCCCUCAGAGUGACGCGGGUCAAAACGUUGGAGGAAGUGACUGA